ACAAAAAUCGAAGUAAUGACAUUUGUUGGAAAGCCCAUCACAUGCAAAGCGGCUCUAUUGCGAAAAGAGGGCCACCCGUUAACGAUAGAGACGAUUACAGUAGACCCGCCCCAGGGGUCAGAGGUUAGGGUACGUAUGGUAUCGGCGGGUGUUUGCGCCACCGAUGGGCACCCGGUGUGGGGCCGCGAGACCGACGUACAGCUCGACACCGGGGGUCGGCCUAUGGUGUUGGGUCACGAGGGGGCGGGUGUGGUCGAGUCGACGGGUCCGGAGGUUACUAGUGUACGACCCGGCGAUAAAGUGGUGAUCAUGUGGAUGCCUGAGUGCGGUCGGUGCGCCCUAUGCGCCAAUCCGCGCACCAAUCACUGCCUGUCCGGCAAUAUUGUGACCAACAUGUAUCACGAGGGCGGCCAGUGUCGCACCCGUGUCGAUGGCCAACCGGUGCUUAUGUUUUUUGGCACAGGCACUUUUGCACAGUACACUGUGGUGCGCGAGGCUCAAGUGGCCAAGGUUAAUCCCAAGGCCAAUCUAAACGACAUAUGCAUAAUAGGCUGCGCUGUGGGCACGGGCUAUGCCGGGGCCACAAACAUAGCUAAAGUCCAGAGGGGUUCAAAGUGUGUGGUCUGGGGUUUGGGUGCUAUCGGACUGUCGACUGUGUUGGGCUGUAGGGAUGCCGGCGCCGCAGAAAUCAUCGGGAUCGAUCGUAACGAUUACAAAGGUGAAAUAGCUAAACAGUUGGGCUGUACCCAAUUUAUUAAUCCAAAAACAACUGAUAAACAAAUUGACGACAUAUUAAAGAGUGAGGGCGGAGUGGACUACGCUUUCGAUUGUAUUGGUAGUGUCGAUGUUAUCGAUAGUUGCCUAAAGUCCCUAAAUCCAUGGGGAUUUCUAACCUUGAUAGGUCUACCACCAAGAGGAAAGACAGUGAAUAUACCCAGCAGUCGAUUACUCGCUGGAGCGCACGUGUCGGGCGGAUAUUAUGGUAACGCUAAGCCCCGGGCACUAAACCAACACUUGGUUGACCUGCACUGUACCGAUCGGUUGCCCAUUGAACACAUGAUAACUCAGCGUUUAAAUCUAGAUGAUAUAAAUAAGGCUUUUGAUGAUCUAAAAGCAGGUAAAGCUAUUCGUACAGUUAUCAUGUUUGAUUAAUUAUUUCAUGUUUUGUUAAUUUUACAUUG